CUAUAGUUUUUCUUUUUCGAUUAGUAUAAUCAUAGACAACUGCGACUAAUACAACGAGUGCUAUAACAACAAUUGCAACAGUAGCGACUACUACCACGAGUACUAUAACAACAAUUGCAACAAUAACGACUACUACCACGAAUACUAUAACAACAAUUACAACAGUAGCGACUGCUACCACGAGUACUAUAGCAACAAUUACAACAAUAGCGAGUACUACCACGAAUAUUAUAACAACAAUUACAACAAUAGCGACUACUACGACGAGUAUUAUAACAACAUUUACGACAACGGUGAGUACUGUAACUACAACAGUUCAAAUAUGUACAUCAUCAUGUGUUAAUACAACGAUUGUUAGUACAUCACUUGUUGCGUUUUAUACGUUUGACUCUGUAUUAACCGAUUCAAGUGGUAAUGGCAAUACAGUUAAUGGAACAUACAGUUCAUUUGUUACAGGUUAUGUAAAUAAUGCAGUUAGCUUUGUUUAUGCUAAUUCAGAACGUUUAACAUCAAGUGCAGUCAUUAAUUUAUUCAAUCAAUCAUUUACUAUAGACUUUUGGUUCUAUUGGACAGAAAAUUCGCUUUCAGAUUAUUGUUUGUUCGGUCAAUGUAUAUCAUCACAUACAGACUUAUGUCUGUUUCUAAGUAUACGUAAAAAGGCUUUAUUUUUUGGAUUUUUUAAUGAUGAUACACCUGGUAAUGCUACAAUUGUAGUAAAUAAAUGGUAUCAUGCAGCAUUUGUCUAUGAUUAUACUAAUCGAAUAAGAUAUAUUUAUUUAAAUGGUGUUCAAGAUGCUAUUGAUACAACUACAAGUUAUUUACUAAUUACUCAGCAGCCAGUUAAUAUUGGUAGUUCACCAAUUGGUGGUAAUGUAAAUACAUCGGUUUAUUACACUGGCUAUAUUGACCAUUUAAUGAUAACACAACGUGCAAAAACAGCAUGUGAAAUAUUACAAGAUGCAACAAUAACAGUUUAUUAUUCAUUUGAAAAUUCAGUAAUUGAUUCUGGUCCAAAUAAGAUUACUGGUACAAUAUCAGGUACAGGAACAUCCUUUGUCACAGGUGGACGUGUUGGUACAUAUGCGUUAGAAUUAAGUACUGCAGGUAGUUAUUUUCAAACACAAAGUUUAACAUCACUUGGUAUAACAAAUCAGCCAUUUACAAUUGCAUUGUGGGUACGACCAACAGCACUAAGUGGAGUACUGAUACACAUAUCCUCACAAUCAAAUGGUAUGUUAUAA